AUGAAAGGCAUACUCCGGUGGGUGGCUUUAACCGCCCUGGCCACCGAAGUCGUCUCGAGGCCCUCCAACGGGAGCCCCUCGGAUAGCGUCAAGGUGCACUGGCUAGACGGUGCCCCCGAGUCUCUUGCCGGCACCACCUUUGGUCUGCCCUGGCCCCAGGGCAAGUACCGUUCCAACGAGACGAAGUUCAGCAUUGCGGGCAAAUCCCAGGCGUCGAUCCCUCUGCAGUCGUGGGUGACGGGCUACUGGCGCGAUGGCUCCAUCAAAUGGACCGGGCACGCCAUUCCUCCGCUGGACGCCGUCGACGACGAAUAUCUCGUUAGCGCCUCGGCAUCCCCGCACAAAAGACGGACGAACGGCUCCAGCAUUAUUGCUGUCCAGGAUCGGGCGGACAGCGUGCGAGUUGACACGGGCAAGGUGACCCUCGCCUUCUCCAAGCAUGGCAGCAACGUGGUGGACUCCAUCACGACGGCCGGGGGCAAGGUCGUGGGCCGACAUGGGAAGCUGGUGCUCCACACGCAGUCGAGCCUGGCCGAGGACAUUGCCGCCCGCACAAAUGCCUCCAUCGAUUAUUUGAACUUUGAAAGCAAGGUGGAGGAGGUGUCCGUCAGCCGGGAGUCCUCCGUUCGCGCCCUCGUCACCGUCAAAGGCAACCAUACCGUCACUGGUGGAGGCAGCCACGACGAUUGGCUGCGAUUUGUCCUGCGCUUCUACCUGUACGCCAACUCCGAUUCUGUCCGGAUCGUGCACAGCAUCGUCUGGGACGGAUCGGCCGAGAGGGAUUUCGUGACCGGCCUCGGAAUCCGGUUCGACGUGCCUCUGAAAGGAGAGGAGCUGUACGAUCGCCAUAUCCGAUUGCCCGGGGUGGAUGGCGGUUAUCUUCACGAGGCAGUCCAGGGAAUCACCGGAUUGCGUCGCGACCCCGGCACCGAGGUGCGGUCGGCGCAGUUCGAAGGCAAGAAGACCCCCGACGUGGACAGCUGGGAUACGCGGGUGUCCUCUCGUCUGGAGUGGAUCCCCGCGUGGAACGACUACAAGCUCAGCCAGCUGUCGCCGGACGGCUUCACGCUGAAGAAGCGAACCAAGCCCGGCCAGGCCUGGAUCAAUAUCCCCGCCGGCUCGCGAUCCAGCGGCCUUGCGUAUCUGGGCGGAGCCACACAGGGAGGACUGGCGCUGGGUCUGCGAGAAUUUUGGAAGCGCUAUCCUACGGGAAUCGACAUCUCUAACGCCGGCAGCGAUCAAGGCCAGAUCACGCUGUGGCUCUAUAGCCCCGAGGCGGCCCCGUUGGACUUGCGGCCCUUCCACGACAGUCUAGGACAGGACACUUAUGAAAAGCAAUUGGAUGCCCUUGAGAUUACUUACGAGGAUUACGAGCCCGGCUUCAAUACCCCCUACGGCAUUGCGCGGACGAGCGAGAUCUUCCUGUCCGCGUUUGACAGUACCCCUGCCUCGACCGAACUGGCGCUCCGGAGUAAGUAUAUCGACGAGCCUCCGGUCCUGGUGGCGGAGCCUAAGUACAUCCAAAGCACCAAGGCUAUCGGGUCUUACUGGGCUACUCCUAACACUUCCGGCGAGCAGUCAGCCACGAUCGAGAAGCACCUCGACUUUCUGAUUAAGUUCUACAGCGGGCAGGUUGAUGACCGCCGCUGGUACGGAUUCCUUGAUUACGGCGAUGUCAUGCAUACCUACGAUGAGGACCGGCACACCUGGCGAUAUGACGUUGGCGGGUAUGCCUGGGACAACUCGGAAUUGUCGCCGGACCUCUUCCUGUGGCAGCAGUUCCUCCGAACGGGCCGUGCUGAUGUCUAUCGCUUUGCCGAGGCCCUGACGCGCCAUACCGGAGAGGUAGAUGUCUACCACAUCGGCGACUGGAAGGGCCUGGGAACCCGACAUGGGGUGCAGCAUUUCGCUGAUAGCGCCAAACAGGCCCGGAUUGCCCAGCCCCAGUAUCGGAAAUACUUCUAUUAUCUCUCCGGAGGCGACGAGCGUGUGGGAGAGCUGCUCGAGGAGACACUCGACGCGGACAAGACCUACGGCAAGCUCGACCCGCAGAGAAAGGUACGCGAGGAUGGCUGGACGCCGCAGCCCGGUCAGCCCGUGGCCUUCUCUCUGGGCACGGAUUGGGCUGGCAUGGCGGCUGGCUGGCUGAUUGAAUGGGAACGCCGCGGCCCUCGCUGGAUCGAGGCCAGGGGGAAGUUGACAGGCACGGCCAAGGGUAUUGCCAGCUUGAAGAACGGGUUCGUGACCGGUAACGGGCUGUACGUGAUUGGCAACGGCACUCUUCUGCCGCCCCCGUCGGACCCCAGCAACGAAGGCAUCGUGUCCAUCUCGCACCUGAAUGCCGUGUUCGGCCUCCCCGAGGUCGUGUCGGAGUUACUCGAGUACUGGGGCGACGAUGCACCCGAGGGCCUUGAACGGGCCUGGCUGGACUACUGCUACUACUACGGCGCCACGAAAGAGGAACAAAAGGCACGAUAUGGCGAGUCCUUCAGCAAGAUCAGCUUGGUCCAGGGUCACUCACGCUUGACGGCCUAUGCGGCACACCAAGACAACGACAACAGCACAACGGCUGCGCGAGCCUGGAAGGAGUUCUACGAGAACAAGGAUGGCUUUACGGCCGACGAGCCGUGGGUGUCGGAGCGAAUCAAUGGCAGUGCAGCGCUCGUUGCAGUCGACGAAGCGGCUUGGAUUUCUACAAACGAGGUGGCGCAGUAUGGGUUGGCUGCAAUUCAGAACUUGGCCCUGGUGGGAGAGUCGAAGGACUACUAA